GCACAGCUGAGAGUCCUCGCCGAGUCACGAAUCAGUUCUCGCUCGGUGUGAGAGAGCGUCUUCGCUCUCAUCUUCUUUCUUCCCCCCUCCUCUACCGAGGGGUUAAAAACUCUCUUUUGUGAUUACAUAUCCGUCGUGUGCGUGUGAAAAGCCUCUCGUUAGCCGCACUUUUUCCGCGCUGAUAUAAACCGCGUGAUCCACCGACUCAUAUAACUCCGUUAUACACACAGUUGAUCGUCCUCCGGACGAAUAUGCCCGUCUUCGGAUCUCCCGCACGCAUUCACGCGGGAAGCAAGUGUGUUGAAUGAUGCCGAGGUUAACCAGUAGAGUGUCAUGGUUCCGGUGAACGGAAAUGUCCAUUCACGGGUAGCUUCAGCUCGCUCACGCUUUCGUGCACCUUCUACGAACGCGGAUUCUCUCUACGACGACGCUUCUCCGAUGGGAAAUCGAGGGGGCUGAACGUUGGUUACAGGUGGUGGAAACAUGCCCGGAAGAUCACCGGCGAGGGCGUACGAGCGGCCCGUUACGAGCGGGGGCCGCAAACUCGCCGCUACUUGAAUGUCACCGCCGGAGAACAAAUGACCAGGGCGCGGGAUGGGCGAGUCCUGGCUCUCGGUCUUGCUCGCUGCCACGCUGACAACGAUCACGAUGACGGCGGUGACGAAAGCCGAUUCAUUCCCGACGUCGUUUCUGUCGACGACCACUCGUGAGGACAUCGUCGAUUCCAAACGGGCCGCCAUCGAGGAAGCGCUGGACGUGAUACAGGCGGCGUCGACGGGCGCCCUGGGCGAGGUUUGCGUCAACACGGCGGGAUUUAAAUCCCUGCCGGCUGGUGUAGCGCUGGAUUCGCGGCGUUACGACACCGCGCGUCAAAAGGUCGAUAUGACUGCCAUGGUGCUUCAAAAUCUCGGGGCCGCCGAGGCGAUGCGACGUAACGUUCUUUUAGACGCACUGACAAAAUCGCUGCUCGUUUCGGUGGACGACGCGGUGGAGGCGAGGGUGAUCGCACUCAACGCGUCCACCGGCACGGUGAUCACCGCGGUGUGGCUGAAACGCAGCCCCGGAAGCGUAGGCGAGCCCUCCAAGGUCGAGAGUCAUGCACUCCAAACCGGAUCCCAGCCGGACCCCAACCUACCCUGGUUCGAAAACGCAGGCGCCAGCGCCGGAUUAAGGUUUGCGAUCAGCCGGGAAAGAGAUCUUUGCAAAAAAAAAAAAAAAUGGGUCUCACAAACCCAGGUGCGAGAAUUCAUCAGCAUGGACAUCGACAUAAGCAAGCUGGAGGUGAAUCAGUGCGACGCGCCGUCGCGAGGCCGCAGCGACGAGCUCGACGUCGAGGUUCCUGCGAGCAAUGAAAUAGCCUUCUUCAAGGGCACCCACAAGUGUCAUACCGACACCACUCAGUGCAUCUAUCAGGGACCCGGUAGCCGUGUGAACGAGAACGGCGUGGGCGCUGGAUGGGCGAAGGGCGCGUACGUGUGCAAAUGUCGGCAGGGUUUUUACAGCACCAGCAGUCAUCGGACGGGUUUCGACGGGAACCUCGUUGAAACCGCGUGGAAGGAAAUGAGGGAGAACAAAAGUGAUUCCUACAAGAAGGAAUAUCGCUGUUUGCGAUGCGCGCCGGGAUGCGCCAGAUGCAAAGGUCCCGAACCAUGUCUGGCAACGUACAAUUGGCCGUUCAGAAUCACACUGCUGGCCGUAUCGAUUUUCUGCGCCUUCGGCACCAUCGUUCUGAUAAUGUACGUGUACAAGCAUCGCAAGUUGAAGGUAUUCAAAGUCGCCUCCCCGAUAUUUCUGUCUAUUACGCUCCUGGGCUGCUCCUUGAUGUAUCUCGAGAUGGCCGCCAUAUUCCCGGUUCUCGAUAUGUACUCGUGCAUCGCCACGAAGUGGACGAGGCACAUGGGAUUUUGCGUCUCGUACACGGCUCUGCUGAUGAAGACCUGGAGGGUUUCGCUCACGUAUCGCGUGAAGAGCGCCCACAAGGUCAAACUGACGGACAAGCAGCUGUUGCAAUGGAUGGUGCCUAUAUUGCUGGUGAUGCUGAUCUAUUUGGGAACGUGGACCGUGAGCGCGCCGCCUUACGCGGAGGUGAUUACGGACAAUCUCAACUUGAAGUUCUACCAGUGCUCUUACAAUUGGUGGGAUCACAGCCUGGCUAUUGGUGAAAUAUUUUUUCUCGCCUGGGGCAUAAAGGUGUGCUACAACGUGCGAAACGCGGAGAGUCUGUUCAACGAGGCCCGUCUGAUAAGCUACGCCAUUUACAACAUAGCCGCGGUCAACAUCACCAUGAUAAGCAUUCACCUGUUCAUAUUUCCUCGCGCCGGGCCGGAUAUCAAAUAUCUGCUGGGCUUUCUGCGAACUCAGCUCUCUACGUCCGUCACCGUCUUUCUCGUGUUCGGCCCUAAGGUGAUCAGGGUGUUGCGAGGCCAGGGCGAUCAGUGGGACAGUCGAGCGAGAGCGCGCGGCGUCACCGCGAGCUUCUCCCUGAACGGAAUCGGUCUGGUACCGGAGGAAACGACGGAUCUUUAUCAAGAGAACGAAGAACUCAAGGAAGAGAUUCAAAAGCUGGCCGCGCGAAUCGAGUUCAUGAAGAUAGUGCACAUGGAGAUGCACAACAGACACAUCAAGCCGAAAAUGGGCGGUUACUUCAGCACGCACGGCCACGGUCACGGCCAAAGUCCCAUCACCAAGAGCUCGACGGCCAGCUUCAUCCUCAAACAGACGGCCGUUGAACGAGGUGCGUCGGCAGCCGCGGCCGCGGCCGUCGAGGACUCGACGUUUCCGUCCGGAAGUCUGCACAGAGCGCGCAGAAUGGAAAUGAUGAGGGAGAGGAAAGCGGAGAGGGAGAGGGAACGGGAGAAGGAGCGGAACAAGGAGCAGAAUAACCGAUCGCAGGAGGAGAGGCCGCAGUCGAGCGGCGAAGUCUGACUAGUAGUCAAUAGCGAAGAAGUGUGGUUGUGACGAAGACAGUGCUCCGGCGAAAGUGAGGAGAACACAAACAGAUUUGUAUAUCCGAGGAAAAGAAGAAGGAAGAAAAAGAAACUCGAGAAAUUCAAGUUACAUCCUCUGACAGACAGGAGACUGCCCGUAUUUGUAUNAAAAAAAAAAAAAAAAAAAAAAAAANANAAACAAAAACGAGAAACGCUGUGUAAUCAAAAUCAUCACAUCUCAUCACUGUCUUCGCGCUAUAUUGUGUGAUAGCGAUAAUAUCUUCACAUUAAAUUAUAGUAGCUGUACGAUGUGUCUCCGAGUUGAGAUCUUUGAUGACUUUUUACGCACGAAAAGCGAAAAACAAAAAAAAAACAAAAAAAAAACUCAUUGACGAGAUGGCGAGCGACUACGAGAGUACUUCGCGUUUUUUCUCUUCCGCGGCGGCGAAACGACGACGUUGCUCUCAAGAGUCAACACGCGACGUGUAUAAAAUUAUAAACUUUGAUAUUUUUUUACUUUUUUUUUUUUUCCUCACGAGAGCUUUCCGACUCGCGAAUGUGCGAACACGCGGCUAAUUGGGACAAAAUGUAUUUUUGCAAAAUUGCCGAAUUGCUUCCUCGAGCACAAUCAGAGACCGAUCGGGAAAGAAUCGAAUCACCGAGCUGUCACACAAAUGCACAAAGAAAUGCGCAAAGGAUGAAUGAAUUUCGCGGCGAAAAAUCGUCGUCGCUUCAACGACAUUUCGCUUUUCGCGCGCGUACGUAUCGCUUCGUUUUUGCGACAGAGAACGAUGAUUUUUUCAGUUUUUUCUCUCCUUUUCGAACUUGUUGUUUUCGAACGUUCGUGAUGGCGCGCUUUUGUCAAACAUCAUCACGGACGGUGAACGAAAAGAUAAAAAAAAAAAACAAAAAAAACCCCUAAAUGUUAUCACAUUAAAAAAAAAAAAUAAAAAUAAACGUCGUGUGUGUUCUCAGGUUUUAAAUAGCGUCGUGUUUUUUCGGGCAACUUUAUCGUGCCAGAAAAAAAAAAAAAAGUAUUGUCUUCUCUCGAAGAAUGUUAAGAUAUACACACCGUUUGUGAAUGUAAAUGUUAAAUAUAAAAAAUAAUAAGCGCGUACUUUUCUCCGACUUUUGAACACACCUGGCAGGGUUUUGAUCAAUAUACAUACAUAUAAUAUAUAUAAAAUAAGUGUCGUUGAAACAGCAAACACACAGUUCAUUUCUGUUGCGCACACGUGCAAAUAAUUUUGCUUGUAAACUAUUCUUCUUCUUCUUCCACUUCUUCGCGCUUUUGAGUUGUUAUUCUCUCUAAGGUUUUCUGUCCGAUAAACAAAAAUACGUGUUCCGCUCGUUUUCAAAAAGUAGAAAAAUUGCGAAAAAUCUAAAAACAUUGCGAAAACAACCAAGCGAUAAUUAUAUUAUUCGCAACAGAUUGUAUAAAUGUUACAUGUGACAAUAAAGUUACGCAACGGGCUGUAAAAAAGAUGUCAACUUUGUUGGCGAUCGUAAAAACUUGCUCGUAUCUGUUGUCCAUAGAAGAGAAAGAGAGAAAAUAAAGGGGAUAGGGAAGGGAUGGAAAAAGACGCAAAAAAAAAAAGAACGUGGAAAAAAAUCACGUGGUGUGUGAAGCGAUUAUUAGUUAAAUGACAUCUUCGCCUUGUUGGUUUACACUUUUUUAAGAACUUGCGUUUUUCACGACAUAGAAGGCUGUUAUUCUUAGAAGAUAACCGCGUAAAAAAAAAAAAAAAAAAAAA